AUGAAGUCCAUCCAAAUCGCUCUCGAUGUGGGUAGCCACAACAUGCUUUUCCCUAGUACGGGAAAACAGGUUCUCAGUCUUAUUAUUCAUUUCCUUGGAGUCUCGAUACUGUCGUUCCUCCUUGCCUUGAAAUUCAGCCGUAUACAGGACCUGACGUCGAUAUACGGACUCAGUCAGUUGAAUGUGCCCAGGACUUUGAUCCUUUUACUCUUUGUGGAUUCAUGGGCAUUUCUGCUAUCAUCUGGCCUUCUUCUCCAUGGUGUGGGUCUGGAACUCAGCGUCGGUGUGUGCGCCCUAGGUAUAUACAUAUGCAUGGGAUUCUACUGUGCAUCGAAGAUAUUGAUUUACCUGUUCCUCGCUGAAAAGAUCCAUGUGGUAUGGAGUCCUUCCAAUCGCAAACGGUUCCAGUCGCCGAUGUAUAUAGGCUGCUUUCUUGCCAUAUCCAUAUAUGCAGCCGUUGUCAUUCUCAUUUUUAUUGAGCGCAUCGCUUUCUUCAGAUCGGAUGGAUCCUGUGUGACAGGUAUCAUGAAGCCGGGCUCCAUCGCGCUUCUUGUUUACGACUUUCUGGUGAACAUCCUCUUUACAUCCCUCUUUUUGUGGCCUUUAUUCCGAGCUCGUUUCCGCUCUGUCCGUGUGAAGUAUAUCGCGAAAAGAAAUCUAUGGGCUGCAGUCGUCGCUCUAUCCACAUCUUGCAUCAAUAUCAUGGUACUUGUUAUCAUGCAUGGGAAGCAACUUGGCUGGGUCUGUCUCGGCAGCUGCGGCACAGAUAUUGUUAUCAACGCUAUGGUGAUGUACUGGGUGACAUCUGGGAGAAUCUCAAAGCCUGUGGAGAUUAUAGCCAACCAACCCGGAACCGAGAAGGACGGCGAACGUGAAAAUACCGCCAGCCUAAUGAUCUUUGACUCACUGCAUGACCAUGAACCUGUGGUGGAGACUAACUCCACUCCUGACGUUCCUGACGAUAAAUCUACUGCUGUUAGCCUUAGUGCCGGUCCGCCGAGGAAGUUCUCACUGGCAGAGAGUAUUCAGGGAGCGGCCGGGCAGGGAUCUCCAGAGACUACUGAUCGCGGGAAUGCAAGGAGUUCGGUUGGACUGUCACUACAUUCUCCUAAUCACUCUGCGGGGCGAUGUGCGCUCGAGGCGUUUGCUGCCUUCUUCAGAAGUGGGAUCUCCCAAGGACAGGUGCAGGAUGUGCAGAUUUCUGUCACUACAGAGUUGAGUGUGUCUAAUAACGAAAGGUUCAACAUUUCCUGUACCGACGCUUGA